GCCGAACUGCGCAUGCGUGGUAUUCAUCCCGGACAAGUGUGUGGCACAAGCUCGUCCUAUCAUUUUUUUCACGCUUUCUUCUUUCAAACACAUUAAUUAAACAUGAAAACCAGAUUUACCACAGCGGACAUCAGGGCGGUUAUCGCUGAGAUAAAUGCCAACUACAUCGGCAUGAGAGUGAACAACGUGUAUGACAUCGACAACAAGACGUACCUCAUUCGGCUACAAAAGCCUGACUGCAAAGCCAUUCUGCUGCUUGAAUCUGGCAUCCGGAUCCACUCGACAGACUUUGAAUGGCCAAAGAACAUGAUGCCUUCGGGCUUUGCAAUGAAAUGCCGCAAGCACCUGAAAUCGCGACGGCUCACCCAGGUGAAGCAGCUCGGCAUCGACAGAAUCGUCGACAUCCAGUUUGGCUCUGACGAUGCGGCCUAUCACCUCAUUGUGGAACUUUAUGACCGGGGUAACAUCAUUCUUACAGACUACGAAUACACCAUCUUGAACCUGCUUCGAUUUCGCACAGCCGAGGUUGAAGACGUCAAGAUUGCUGUGAGAGAGCGCUACCCUGUGGAGAACGCUCGGCCCCCGGAACCACUCAUCACUCUGGAACGACUCAGUGAGAUCAUCAGCAAAGCACCAAAUGGAGAGCAAGUGAAAAAGGUGCUGAACCCUCACCUUCCGUACGGAGCCACUGUGAUAGAACACUGUUUAAUAGAAGCUGGACUGCCAGGCUCGGUCAAAGUUGACAGCGAAGUGGAGGUUUCCCAAGUUGCACCUAAAAUACUGGAAGCCCUGCAAAUGGCUGAGACGUACAUGGAAAAAACGGAGAACUUUAGUGGCAAAGGCUUCAUCAUUCAGAAGAGUGAGAAAAAACCCAGCUUAAUUCCUGGGAAAGCCAGUGAAGAGCUGCUCACCUAUGAUGAAUUCCACCCGUUCCUCUUUGCCCAGCAUUUAAAAAACCCUUACUUGGAAUUUGAUACUUUUAACAAGGCAGUAGAUGAGUUCUUUUCUAAGAUGGAGAGCCAGAGGAUCGACAUGAAAGCUUUGCAGCAGGAGAAGCAAGCCUUGAAGAAGUUGGAGAACGUCAAGAAGGACCACGAGCAAAGACUGGAGGCCUUGCAUCAAGUUCAGGAAGUGGACAGAGUGAAAGGUGAGCUGGUAGAGAUGAACCUGACGGUGGUUGAUCGGGCGCUGCAGGUGAUCCGCAGUGCCCUAGCCAACCAGGUGGAUUGGACGGAGAUCGGCGUGCUCGUCAAGGAAGCGCAAGCCGCUGGCGAUCCUGUGGCGUGUUCCAUCAAGGAGCUGAAGCUGAAGACCAACCACAUCACCAUGCUUUUAAAGAAUCCUUACAUCACUGAAGAAGAGCAGGAGGAGGAAGCCGUUAAGGAGCCCAACGAGGACAAGGGGAAGAAAAACAAAAAUAAAGACAAAGGACAGAACAAGAAGCUGCAGAGGAACAAGCCCAUGUUGGUGGAUGUGGAUCUUGGCCUGUCAGCCUACGCCAAUGCCAAAAAAUACUAUGACUGCAAGCGGAGUGCUGAAAAGAAGGAACAGAAAACAAUCCAAGCAGCAGAUAAGGCCAUGAAAUCAGCAGAGAAAAAAACCCACCAAACCUUGAAAGAAGUCCAGACGGUGACUACCAUUCAAAAAGCCAGGAAGGUCUAUUGGUUUGAAAAGUUCUUGUGGUUUAUCACCUCGGAGAACUACCUCGUCAUCGCAGGAAGGGACCAGCAGCAAAACGAGAUGAUCGUCAAGCGCUACCUGCGGGCUGGCGACAUCUACGUCCAUGCUGACCUCCACGGUGCAACCAGCUGCAUUAUCAAGAACCCCUCAGGUAAUCCCAUCCCCCCUCGCACCCUGACAGAGGCGGGCACCAUGUCUGUGUGCUACAGCGCCGCCUGGGAUGCUAAGAUAGUCACCAGCGCUUGGUGGGUCCACCAUCAUCAGGUGUCCAAGACAGCACCUACAGGAGAGUACCUGACCACUGGUAGCUUCAUGAUUCGAGGGAAGAAAAAUUAUCUUCCACCUUCCUACUUGAUCAUGGGCUUUGGCUUCCUCUUCAAGGUGGACGAGCAGUGUGUGUUUCGGCACAGAGGCGAGCGUAAAGUAAAGACGGUGGAGGAGGACAUGGAGGAAGUGGCCAACAGAACUGCCGAGCUGUUAGAGGAAGGGGAGGAGCUGAUUGGUGACGAUAGCGGUGGUGAGGAUGAAGCAGGAGGAGAGGAGGAGGAGGAACAUAAGCUGCAGGUUAACGAUGUGGAGGAUACGAAGGGUAACGACUCGGAGGCAGAGGCAAGUGAAGAAUUGAGCUACCCUGACACCACCAUCGCCCUCACUCAUCUGCAACCCAACAGGAGCUCCCAGAAAGUCACCUUUAAAGAAGAUGAAUCCCUGCAGGCCGACGUCCAAUUGCUGGGGAAGAAACACAUGACAGCGAAACAGAGGCGAGAUGAGAAGAAGAAAAAGCAGAAACCAGAGGAAGCGACCGACCCCGACAACAGCACCGACCCCACACCUGCAGCACCGGAAGUGGACCCCGGCUCAAAAAGUGUGACCGGCCCCUCCCAGGCGCCGCCCAAGAGAGGCCAAAAGAACAAGAUGAAGAAGAUCAGAGAAAAGUACAAGGACCAGGAUGAUGAGGACCGCCAGCUCAUGAUGCAGCUGCUUGGGUCAGCAGGUUCCACAAAGGAAGAGAAGGAGAAGGGAAAGAAAGGCAAGAAGGGAAAAGGGAAAGAGGAGCUCCUAAAGAAGACCGCCCCUCAGAAGCCUCCUCCGAAACCUCGCCAAGAGGAGACGGCGGCCAAAAGACCACAGCAGAGGACAGGCGAGGAUGAGGAGGGGGCUGUUGCGGAACAAGAGGAGAAGGAGGACGAGGUGGAUCCAGACAACCCCGGAGCAGAGGAAGCAGAGAACCUACUCACCUCUCUGACAGGACAACCUCACCUGGAGGACAUGUUAAUGUUUGCAGUGCCCAUGUGCGCCCCCUACAGUGCACUCUCUAACUUCAAGCAUAAAGUCAAGCUGACACCAGGCAGUCAAAAGAAAGGCAAAGCUGCACGCACUGCACUUUUGAGCUUCAUGAAGGCCAAAGAAGCUUCGGCGAGAGAAAAGGAUCUUCUACGCAGCGUCAAGGAUGGCGACCUGUCCAGGAACAUGCCUGGCAAAGUGAAAGUGUCUGCUCCCAACCUGCAGGCGGUCAAGAGGAAGUAAAAUGAUCACCUUCUGUAGGUAAUUGACAUUGGACACUUGAUUUAGUGUUGGAUCAUGGAAAUGGAUUCUGAUGACCAAAUCUCAUCUCUGGAAUGGGAAACAAAUCAUGUGAAUAACACAAUACAAGACAGUUCUUUUUAGUGCGCCUCUCAUUUUCACCCUCUAGACACAGCAUGAGGCACACCACACUUGUCUUUACACGUGUGUCAGAUAUGUAGCGUAAGAUUUGUGUUGUGGUUGUAGUUAGUCCUGUUGUAAAAUCAUCACUAGUGUGCAAAGGACUCUUUGAGUGGGCUUCAUAAGCAACCAUCUUGCUAAGGUGAGCUUCAACAACAGGACACUUUAUCGUCCAGUUAAAAAGUAUAAAGACUGGAAAUAUUACUUCAACACUAUAUUAAAGGACAAAAGUUAAAAUAUGACAAAAUAUCAAUCUAGGGGUGAACCGAUACGGUACAGAUUGCUGGUAUCUGGGAAUCAAUACCAGUAAUAAUAACUUUUAUUUAUGAUGCACUUUUUAUUCGCUACAUAUUAAGGCAUAAAGAAAUAAAUGCAUGACACCUCACACAAUUUAAAAAUUCGAUGUAAGCUUUUUUUUUUUAAAGGGGGGUUUUAAACCUUUUUUAAAGCAUUUCACUGUCUCUGGGGCCCUGAGGUGAUCAGGAUGGGCAUUCCAUACAUCCAUCCAUUUUCUUCUGCAUAUCCGAGGUCGGCGGGGGCAGCAGCCUAAGCAGGGAAGCCCAGACUUCCCUCUACCUAGCCACUUUGUCCAGCUCCUCCCGGGGGAUCCCGAGGCGUUCCCAGGCCAGCCAGGAGACAUAGUCCUCCCAAUGUGUCCUGGGUUUUCCCCGUGGCCUCCUGCCGGUCGUACGUGCCCUAAACACCUCCCUAGGGAGGUGUUCAGGUGGUAUCCUGAGCAGAUGCCCGAAACAUCCUCAUCUUGCUCCUCUCGAUGAGCAACGGCUUUACUUUGAGUUCCUCCCGGAUGGCAGAGCUUCUCACCCUAUCUCUAAGGGAGAGCCCCGCCACACGGUGGAGGAAACUCAUUUCGGCCGCUUGUACCCGUGAUCUUAUCCUUUCGGUCAUGACCCAAAGCUCAUGACCAUAGGUGAGGAUGGGAACUUAGAUUGACAGGUAAAUUGAGAGCUUUGCCUUCCGGCUCAGCUCAUUCUUCACCACAACAGAUCGAUACAACGUCCGCAUUACUGAAGACGCUGCACCGAUCCGCCUGUCGAUCUCACGAUCCAUUCUUCCCUCACUCGUGAACAAGACUCCGAGGUACUUGAACUCCUCCACUUGGGCAAAGACUUCCUCCCCAACCUGGAGAUGGCACUCCCCCCUUUCCCGGGCGAGAACCAUGGACUCGGACUUGGAGGUGCUGAUUCUCAUCCCAGUCACUUCACACUCGGCUGCUAACCGAUCCAGUGAGAGCUGGAGAUCCUGGCCAGAUGCAUUCCACACACUUCAGAGGCCUUGUCCCCCAUAGUCUUGAGCUGUGUUCUGGUUGAGAACAAACUGUGCUGUUGGCCUGAUGGCAUCACCGAGCAGACAUUGGUGGGUGUCAAAGUCCCAUUGAUAGUCACACACACACACACUAGGUGUGGUGAAAUUAUCCUCUGCAUUUGACCCAUCCUCUUGUUACACCUCUUGAGAGGGGAGGGGAGCAGUGAGCAGCAGCAGUGGCCGUGCUCAGGAAUCAUUUUGGUGAUUUAACCCCCAAUUCCAACCCUUGAUGCUGAGUGCCAUGCAGGGAGAACCUUGUGUAUAUAUUUGAUGCGGGCGAAGAUGGGGAGCCAGUGAAGGGUGUGGAGGAUGGAGGUGAUGUACUUCAGGAUUGUUCAGAACAUACUGGAGCGUUUGGGGGCUCCUUUCAAUGAUCCCGAUGAGUGCGUUACAGUAAUCCAACCUGGAGGAGACAAAGGCAUGGACGAGUUUCUCCGCAGCAGGAAUGGAGAGGAAAAGGCAGAGUUUGGAGAUGUUACAGAGUUAAAAGAAGAAGGUUUUGCAGAUGUGGGUACAUGAUUGUUGAAGGACAGGUGGGGGUGAAACUUGACCCCAAGGUUGGCAACAGAACGUUGUGGCCUGAGAGUGAUGAGAAGAGCGGAGUUGUUGAGGGGUACCGGUCUGGAUGGAUUCUGUUGUUGAGCCAUUCAGCUGCAGAAGUUUUGGCUCAUCCAUGUGUUUAUCUCCUCCAGGUGGGAGCUAAGACAAGCAAUAGUAGCAGAACUUAAGGUAGAGUUGUGUGUCGUCAGCAUAGCAGGGGAAGCAUGUACAUGGCGAAGAGGGACUCAAUGGUGCCAAUUUUCGUUAUCUUUGUAAGUGUUAAUAAAUGUUAAUUGAUAAUAAUUGUAUUUUUAUGUAACAAUUAAAAAUGAGCUGAUUAUGAUAAA